UUUAUAGAUUUCUAAAUGCACAAACUGCUUAUAUGUUUUAUAUUAUAUUUUAGCCUAUUCAUCCUGAAUGAAGAUUACACCCACAGAGAAAGUGGCCAGCUCCGGUUUCCUCUGCAGAGGGACGUAACCACCGUUUCCAACUCGGCACGCUCCAAACUUCUCCUGCUGCGCGUUUCUGUCUCAUGUCUUUUAACGUUUUUACAGCGAAGCUAUACAGGACAUUGUUUGGCACACUAUCCGGGAUCAAGACCAAAACAAUCACCUUCUCUGUUGACAAUUCCCUUUUCUUUAAGCAGCAGUAUGGGGCUGGUGCUGUCUGCUAAUCUGCCAGUCAUGGAUGACCCCUGUGUCUCUGUGUCCAGUGUCACUUCUGCUCUGUGUCUUUUCACCGUCAUCCUCAUGGCCAUCAGGGUCCAGCAGAAGCACAGAUUAUUUUUCCACAGCCAUUCUGACUCACAGUUGGAGUUCCUCUAUCCUCCGGGUCCCACACCAUGGCCCCUUGUGGGCAAUCUGCUCCAGAUGGGGGACCAGAUGCAUCUUUCUCUGACUCGCUUGGGGCAUCAGUAUGGAGAUGUUUUUAAGAUGAGCUUGGGCUCUUUACCAGUUGUUGUUCUCAGUGGGUUCUCCACCAUCAGGCAGGCUCUGGUUCGUCAGGGAGAAGACUUUGCUGGACGGCCUGAGCUUUUCACCUUCUCUGCUGUAGCUAAUGGGACCAGUAUGACCUUCAGUGAGAAGUAUGGGCCCACAUGGCUGCUUCACAAGAAGCUGUGUAAAAACGCCCUCAGGUCUUUUUCCCAGGCUGAGCCGAGGGCAUCCGGGGCCACCUGCCUCCUGGAGGAGCACAUUUGUGCCGAGGCUGCAGAGAUGGUGGAGAUGAUUAAAAUUCAAGCAGACUGUGAAACAAUAGGCGUAGAUCCAUCAAUAUCCCUGCUGACCUCUGUGGCAAAUGUUGUGUGUGCCCUUUGUUUUGGAAGAAGAUACGACCACAACGAUGAGGAGUUCCUCACCAUCAUCAACAUCAACAACGAGGUCCUGAAACUCUUUGCAGCAGGAAACUUGGCGGAUUUCUUUCCCGUGUUCCGUUACUUUCCGAGUCCCUCUCUGAGAAAACUGGUCCUGUACAUUCGCAGAAUGAAUGGAUUCAUGGAGCGAAGGAUUGAGGAACACAUCAACACCUUUGAUAAGAACUGUAUGCGGGAUAUUACAGAUGCUCUGAUUCAACUGUGUGAAGACAGAGAAGAAAGUAAAGAAACGUCUCAGCUCUCCGAUUCUCAGAUCAUUCACACUGUCAUAGACAUCUUUGGUGCAGGUUUUGACACCAUCUUUGCUGGGUUGCAGUGGAGCUUGUUCUACCUCAUCAAGUUUCCUGACAUCCAGGACAAAAUACACCAGAAAAUAGAUGAUCACAUGAGCUCAGCCAGACUUCCUCGGUUUUCAGAUAAGCCCAAGAUGCCUUUCACCGAAGCGUUUAUCUAUGAAGUGUUUCGUCACUCUUCCUACGUUCCUUUCACCAUUCCUCACUGCACCACUCGAGACACCAUCCUGAAUGGAUAUCUCAUUCCCAAGGAUACGUGUGUUUUCGUUAACCAAUAUGGAGCCAAUCAUGAUGUUGAUCUUUGGGGAGAUCCAGAGAAAUUUCAACCUAACCGCUUUUUAGGUGCAUCCGGACAGCUCAACAAGGAACUAACAGAGAAGGUCCUGAUCUUUGGCUUGGGAAAGAGGCGCUGCCUUGGUGAUGGGUUUGCACGUUUGGAGAUGUUUGUCUUUCUCACCACAUUGCUUCAUGGGCUUAAGAUUGAAAACGUUCCUGGGCAAGAACUGGAUCUCUGCACCGAGUUUGGUCUCACUAUGAAGCCACGUCCGUACAGGAUCACCAUCUCCCCGAGAUUUUAGACUUCAUGAGAACCCCAACUCCACAGGUCACAGACUGGUGUUUCUGGUUCGGUGAAGAACUGAGAAAUAACUAGUAUUGUUCUAAACACAGUAUUUGUUAAGGUGGCCUGGUUCAGUCAAAGUUCUUCUGUUUGUUCAUUCUGAAAGAGUUCAAGCCUCAGUCUCACCUAAUUAAAAGUGAAUCUAGCUAGAAAACAGCACCUCAUUAAAAUCUUUAUGUGAAAUUUGUUAUUUACAGAUAAACAGACACAGGGAGAUCAGAGUCUCACAGAAAACCUUCAUGCAAGGUCCAGCCUGGUUAUUUUUGUGCCUUUUCAGAUCAAAAGCUCAGAGGCUGCACUCUGACAUCUAGUCAUUCAUUUUGCACUGCACAGCAACCACCACCUGAAUGUGGGUUAGUCAAACACAGUUGCUCUAAAUCAGGGGUGUCAAACUCAUUUUAGCUCAGGGCCCACAUUGAGGGAAAUCUAGUCCCAAGAGGGCCGGACCGGUAAAUAAAAUAAAAAACUUCAGAUUGUUUUCUUUGUUUUAAUACAAUCAAUAUAAAACAAGGCUGGAGCCUGAGGACAGUAUAGUAUAAGUAAAACACCUGAAGUGUACUUGAAAAUUUGAAAAAAAAAAAAAAAAUCAACAAAUAAAAAAAACAUUCCUUAGUGAUUCAAAGAGCUUACAGAUCACAUGGCAAGAUCAGUUUCUUGCAGCACUUAAAGUAUAUUUGACUCAUUUUACUUUACAUCUUUUAGCUUUCACCAGCACAUCAACAUCAGAAGUCAGAUCCUGAGUGGCAGCCAACUUCAGGAUGUGAUUCAAGUUCUUGUGUGAGCCUUGAGCGCAGCUUUGUUUUAUUUAUACUCAUUACAGAGAAAACUUGCUCACAAUGAUAUGUUUAUUUUCACUCUACAUUGUAAAGUAUGAAAAUAAAGUUUACACAACCAUCUCGCGGGCCGGAUUUAACCCGCUUGCGGGCCGGAUCCGGCCCGCGGGCCGCAUCUUUGACAUCCCUGCUCUAAAUGAUCCUGCUUAGCUUCUCCAGCAGCUCCCUGAGGACAGAUGAGUACUGUUCUUAAAUAAGGCAGUCCUAGGUCUUUUCCCCAGACACAUGGGGCAAUGAUGCAUGGAAUAACGCUCCACCUAAAUAAGCUAAACCUACAAAAGCCUAUUUUUAGUUAGAAAGACCUUGAACAGAGCCACAUAGGGAAUCUUUACCAUAAAAAAAUCUAUUCAGGACUGUUGAGCUUGGAUUUUCUGUAGUCUUCCACCAUUGUCUUUUGCUUUUGGCUUCUUAGGUUGUUUCUGAUAUGAGGAUUCAAAGUGGUGAUUGUAUUCAUAAACACAUUGAGAGGUUAAAUCAUUUGUUGGAAAUAUAUAUUUGUAGGCUUGUAUAACAAUAAUCUCUGAUUGACAUUCCUUUUAGUAACAUCCAAAUUUGUCUAAUUAACACAACAUUUAUUCUUAUUUCCAUCACAUAGAAUCAGAAACUCUUGUUUUUAUUUGCAUGCAUGAAGCCAUUGUUAUGAUAAAAACACCGAUUGUUAUCAGGCACGUUGUAGUUGACUUUGUAGCACAUUAUUUCAAGUGUUUUCAAAUCAAAUAAUUGCAGUCUACUCAUAUUUUUUCUUCACAAAAUCUAAUUAAUAUGAAAUUGAGUAAAACUUGUUCAAAAAUGUCAGAGACAUUAUGUAAUUUACAAAAAAAACCCAUACUGUGGACUUGUAUGAAAUAAAUAAAUUGCAGUUUUUAA